CUGACCUAGACUUCUGCCACGACCUACAGGCAGAUAACGUAGUCUCAGAACAUCGUGUGAUCGAGUUCCGCUUCAUCGACAAUGGCAACGUGCCUAAAGAACUCAGGAAGGGCAGGAAGGGUGCGGCUGACGAUAAUGAAAAUUAUGGGAAGUCAAGAAAUCCAUCUUAGGCAGUAUUGAUUUUGAUGCGCUCCUGGGUCCUUUCUUAACAAGGGAACAUGCAUCUUGGGCAGGGUUUUUUCUCUUAAGGGAGCGGGCAACACCAGGAUGCUCCAACAGUUCAAAGAUGGAUUUGUCUAGCAGCUCUAAGAAAAUCAUGUUGACCCCACCAACACGAAUCGUACACAAGGAAGUGAGGCAAUUCCAGAAACCCAAGCUCAGUGGACCGACCGAACGAUGGACGACCUUACCAGGCAGUUUGUACGACCGGAGUCAAGUCGUAGCAAAUACGAGCGAGUUGUCCAACACAAAACCCAGAUGGAUCAGCAUGCAAGGUUAAGGUCAGCUUUUUCCCAUCUUUCUCGGAAUCUUGAUAUAAUUACCCUCUAAUUUGUUCCCCUGUAUUCCUCUCUUCAUGAACAAGAAUUAUAACAGUUCCACCCCUCUAUCUAUCUAUCUAUCUAUCUAUCUAUCUAUUGUUCCCAUGAACCAUUACGCAACUAGUUGGAAGAAAGGGGUCAUCAAGAUGAAGGGACCGAGACGUCGAGUCAAAGCGGACGCUAACAAAUGUUGAAGGGCGUGUUCUGUAUAAAACAGCAGCCGUCGUCUUCAAGAGCGUGGAGGGGAUGUUAUGUAGACGGAAGAACAGAUGAUAAUGUAGAAGAAUGUGCUGCUGGUCAACAUUGUAAUGUUGUAGUUCAUUUCGUGUACUAAGAGUCUGAGUCUAAGUCAUUCAUGAUCAUCAUCUGCGACAACAUCAUUUCUCCACACUUUAUGGCGAAGAAGGAGAAUUUCUAGAAUUGACCAUCUCUAACACCAAACCCCUACGCCGAUCGAUACGACCUGCUUUAUGCGUGGAGACACGACAUGCAUCCUGAAGAUUGCGUCAACGAUCCUGUGCACAAGGAUUUCUUUGCCUGUCAGGCUCAGCACGUUGUAGGUGGGAUGAUGUGAUGCCGUUUGUGGGCGGGAUGAUGUGAUGGGGUUGGUGACGAGGGUACUACGCGUUAAUAGUGAAGACUGGUAUCUAAAUUUAGGUGUUGGGCAUAGAUGCAAAUAACGGGCGAGUACAAGAAUUGAGAUAAAUCUAAUGAAGAAGAGGAUUUUGUCGUGAACAUGACGCCGCGUAGGGUCUUACGAUGAAGAAAACAAAGUGACAACAAAUAUGAAGAAAAUCAAGAUACUGAAACAUGGGAUCAUGACUGCAAUAUGGGAUACUGAAAUAUGGGAGGCUGCAAUAGGGAUAAAUUUCAUCAUCAUCACGAACACAACAUUGCUUCUUUAAGUCUAUGAAUUUCCCUGGUAAAACCAUUAGACUCACAUGCCCAGACAACCAGCUUGGAUGUGCUAGAUUCACCUCACGGAGCGACCCUUGUCCCUUGUUUUCCACGCAGACAAGUUUCUCAAGAACAAGAAUGUCCUUCAAAAAGAAAAAAGUGAUGUACUUGCUUCUAGGUGUGAACAAGCAAGUUGGUGAUGCCUAG